AUGGGUAGCAUGGAGAUGAAAUGCAAACGAAGCGUAGCCUUAGACAAGUGCGGAUUGAACAUUAACCCAAGAGAAGGAUAUUUGUACCUUCGUGCGGGUAGCAGCGUAGCAAGCAUAAUGGCAGAGAAAUUUAACAUUAUCUUUGUCAGAACAAGAAAAUAAAAAGGAUGAGAGCAUGACUGAACAGGGGGAAAGAAUGGAAAUGGAAAUGGAGGUAGAAGCAAAUGUAUAUAAAUAAACACCCCAGUAUCCACGGCAAUAUCACAUCUCAGUCUUCAUUAUGGUAAAACACCAAAACCAAAACCAAAACCAAAACCGAGUAAUCACUUGUGAUCUUUGCGUUCGCAGGAGCAGGGGUAUUACCCCUACAUUGCUAGGCCUGGUCUACAGGCCCGCAAACUUUCAGUGGACGGGACGCCAGGUCGUGAAAAAUAACAACGAGAACCGACAUCAUAUAAAAUGACUGGAUAUUG